CAUUUUAUAAAAAUAUAUAUUUCUCAUUUUCAAUAUGAGAAAACAAUCAUUAAUUUAUUCAUAUUUCAACAAAUCACAUCCUACACCUAAUACUACAUUGGAAAAUCUUCCUGAUGGUGAUGAUAACGUAAGAGUUCAAUCACCACCAUCAUAUCUUCCCAUCGCAAAUUUGAAAGAUCAGACUAUUCCACUUCUUGAUCAAGUUCAAUCACUAACAUAUCUUCCCAUCUCAAAAUUUCAAGAUCAGACUAUUCAACUUAUUAAGUUCAAUCACCAACAUAUCUUCCCAUCUCAAAUUUUCAAGAUCAGCAUCUUUUUGAUCAAGUUAAAUCACCAACAUAUCUUCCCAUCUCAAAUUUGAAAGAUCAGACUAUUCCACUUCUUGAUCAAGUUCUAUCACUAACAUAUCUUCCCAUCUCAAAUUUUCAAGAUCAGACUAUUCAACUUCUUGAUCAAGUUCAAUCACCAACAUAUCUUCCCAUCUCAAAUUUUCAAGAUCAGAC